UUACGCCAGCUCAUUGCUUAGUUUAUUGGGGGUUUGUCCAGUGUUUUUGGGGUCACUUCCCAUUUUAUACUCUUUUUUUUUUGUUUCCACUUCUUUUCCGGUUUGUGUUGUCCUGCAGUAACUUUAUCCCUGCUUCUGAUCGCUGUCCUCAUCACCUGCGGCUGAUUGGCGAAAGCGCGUUUCUUGUCUGACUGAACCCACUCAGUCAUUUCCCUUGAUCCAUAAGAAGAUGACCAAAUGCGAGUUGCUACACAUGCACGGAUGGACUCAACCAACACCUGCAGUAUGUGGCGCGCGCACACAGCGGGAAGGGACGGGGCACAAGGCGGCGGCAGUGCAUCUUCAGUCUUACCGGAGGACGGCAGUCGUUACUCGCUACUGUCUCCACUUGUCAAUCCCUUACCACCACCACCACCACCACCGCUGUGGCACAUCUCCCGCUUCUUCCCCGAAAAAAAGUAGCACAGUGUCCGGGACAUUUUGUAAGCGAGGGAACUCGGUGUAAAAGUGAAUCCGGUGUGGGAGAUACCGAGGAGGACAAACUACUGAACAGCAGCAAGACAAGAGGACGACAGGAUGAAUCUCAACAGUCAUGUCAUUUUCACCCUCUACACUAUUUACGGCAUUCUUCUAAAAGUGAUGGCUUCCAAAGGCAAAGUUCGAGGUGUCAGCGGUCAGUACCCUCUGGUGCAGAAUGUCACGGUGACAGGGGGCGGGACGGCCAACAUGACCUGCCGUGUGGAGUACAACGACAACACCUCCCUCCAGUGGUCCAACCCGGCACAGCAGACCCUCUUCUUUGGCGACAAGAAAGCUCUGAGGGACAACAGGAUCGAGCUGGUCCGCGCGUCGUUCUCGGAGUUGACCAUCAGCAUCAACAACGUCACGCUGUCUGACGAGGGCAUGUACACCUGUUCCCUUUUCACCAUGCCCGUCAGAACGGACAGAGCUUACCUGACAGUUCUCGGUGUCCCGGAGAAGCCUGAAAUCGACGGCUUUACCAAGCCCGCCAUGGAGGGGGACCACAUCACUCUGACCUGCAUGACUCAUGGCAGCAAGCCUGCCGCCGACCUGCGCUGGUUCAGGAAUGAAAAGGAGGUCAAAGGCGCCAAGGAGGUGAACGCCAGCGGGAAGACGUUCACAGUGCGGAGCUCGCUGCAGCUGCGCGUGGACAGAAACGACGACGGCGUAGCGUACACCUGCAGAGUGGACCACGAGGCGCUGGCGCAGGCGCCGCAGCAGGACACCAAAGUGUUGGAGGUCCACUACGCUCCUCAUGUGAAGAUAGUCCCCUCUCUUGGAGUCCCCCAGGAGGGUCAGUACUUAAAGCUGGAGUGUCUGUCUCGAGGAAACCCAUCCCCGGACCCGGUGAUGUGGACAAAAGACGGCGUGGAACUUUCCGACCUGGGCAGGGUGAUCGUGGAGGGACGGGAUUUGACUUUCACUUUGCUGAACAAGACGGACAAUGGCACCUACCGCUGUGAAGCCAGCAACUACCUUGGGACCAGCAGCGCCGAAUACGUACUCUACGUGUAUGAAGCCCCCACCACUCUGCCUCCAUCCACCACACCCCCCUUUCAUGCCAUCCCCCCAGACUCCACCGCUCUAGUCGGCACCCACGCCUCAGACCCCACAGUCACUGGAAACAGAGAUCCCAACGCUUUGGGCCAUCACGGCACGGACCACGCCUUGAUCGGAGGGGUGGUGGCAGUGGUGGUGUUCGUCACCUUGUGUUUAAUCAUUGUGCUGGGAAGAUACCUGGCCAGGCAUAAAGGAACGUAUUUGACAAACGAGGCCAAAGGAGCGGACGACGCACCCGACGCCGACACGGCCAUCAUCAACGCCGAGGGCAACCACGCGCACGCCGAGGAAAAGAAGGAGUACUUCAUCUAGACUGUAGAGGGCGCCACCCUUGCCAUCUCGUCCCCUCUGUGUCUUUUUCUUCUCCAACUUGCGACCAGCCCGCGCACAGACACAGAGGAUCAUCCCGUGUUUGCCCUCCUCCGUGUCACACCUUUUUUUUUUUUUUUCUUCCUUUCGGCAGCUGUUUUUUUUUUUUUUUUUUUUUUUUUUUUUGUGGUCAUUUUGCAGGCACCGCUGCUGAAGUCGACACUAUUUUUACCCCUCUGUAAAUCCACCAUGACUGCUUACACCCCCCUCCCCCGAAAGGUUCCAGCCGGACACAUCAGCACCCAUCCCGUCACAUCAACACGGUGCCUAAAAACACAGACGCCAUUGAACUUGCCUUCAUGCAUCAGUCGCUCGCAAUGUAAAUGCUUUUGUAGACGGACGAUCCUUUCACCGCUUAGCUCACGGCAUUGUGGUCUUUUUCCUUUCCUUUGGAUUGCAACCAUGAUCUGUGCUAUUUACGCCUUACAGAUAUCCACCACGCUGAAACACGGCACUUCUUAGACCAUCCACUCCCCUUCUUGAAAUAGACUUGUAAUUAAAGCGCAGAGCUGUGUAAGAUAAGACGAAGGCUUUGUGUGACACUCGUGUAGCAAGCUUGGUCAGAUAAGUGUAUAGUUAGCGGGGCGGGGGUGUAGUGCGCUUCUGUCUAGAGCUGAGAAUACACACCAAAAAUAUAUCCGAUGACGCUAGACGAGACCUUUCAUCCGUGGAGACGAAUAGAAAAGCGUUUUUCUAAAUCCACUAUACCGAUCUUUGUAUGUGUAUAUUAUACCUGUCUCAGCGUCCUCCUGCUGCAGUUGGUUUAUCACGCGAUGGCUUCAGGUCCGAUUGAUGUACAAAUUGUAUUAAAGUUAGUACAUUCAUUCACGUCGGAAUGGGAAAAAAAACAAAACAAAAAAAAAAGCAAAUCCCAUGAAGUAUAAGUUUAGGAAAUACGUGUCAAAAAGAGUGCAUUAGUUACAUGUACAGGGACUUUGUGAUAAAUGCAUUUUCUUUCUGUAAAUGUUUUUUGAUGUGCGCUUCAAACGAGCGGGUGUAUAGUUUGUACCGGCCCCGUCAUGCUCACGUGCCGUGCAAAAAGGGGCAGAGAACGUGCGUUCACAUGUGACUACUUCACGUUGGCAUCAGGGAGGUCAUACGUGUCGCUACAUUUGCUGGAGUUCAUACGGUGUAUGAACACUUGCACAUUUACUAUUUGUAUACAUCCCACGCGUAUUUGGUAGUUCAGGCAUGUCCCGCACCUGUAUGAACCUCAUGCAUAUUACUCUAUAUCUACACGAUAUUGACUCCAUGGAGUUCAUACAUGACAGAAUGCUUGAAUAAACGCCACGCACAUGUGGUGGACUUCAUAAAAGGUGUCGUGGACACAAUGUGCAUUUGGUGGAGUUCAUACAGGUAAUAUUAAAAAUUUAGUGAAACUGUUACAGGUCACCGGGUGUAUGAACUCUGUGCACAUGUGAACUCAAUGCGCAUUUGGUGGAGCUCAUACAGCUAACAUGAAAUAUUUAGUGAAACUCUUUCAAGUCACCGGAUGUAUGAACUCCAUCCGCUUGUAUGUGCUCCAUGCACAUGUGGCCGUGUUCAUACAGGAACUCAAUGCGCAUUUGGUGGAGCUCAUACAGCUAACAUUAAACAUUUAGUGAAACUCUUACAGUUCACCGGGUGUAUGAACGCCAUCCGUUUGUAUGUGCUCCAUGCGCAUGUGGCCGUGUUCAUACAGUAACUCUAUGCGCAUUUGGUGGAGCUCAUACAUGUACCACACGCAUUUGGUGAAUGUCUUGCAGGUCACUACAGUUGUAUGAACUCCAUCCACUUGAGUAAGCUCCAUGUAUGCGCAGUGAUGUUUGUACAGUGAUCUAUAGCAACUCACUGCACAUUUGGUGGAGUUCAUACAGGGCACAGACACAUUUGGUGAAACAUACAGGUCACCGUGUGUAUGAACGCCAUCCGUUUGUAUGUGCUCCAUGCACAUAUGGCCGUGUUCAUACAGGAACUCAAUGCGCAUUUGGUGGAGCUCAUACAUGUAUCACACUCAUUUGGUGAAUGUCUUGCAGGUCACUACAGUUAUAUGAACUCCAUCCACUUGAGUAAGCCCCAUGCAUAUGCAGUGAUGUUCGUACAGGUACGGUGAUCUAUAGCAACUCACUGCACAUUUGGUGGAGUUCAUACAGGGGACAGACAAAUUUGUUGAACCUCCUACAGGUUAUUAGCUGUAUGAACUCCACGCACAUGGGGUGAUGUGAAUGCCGGUGCUGUGACCUAUAUGAACUAACUGCACAUCUGGUGGAGUUCAUACAGGUGACAGACACAAUUGGUGAAACUUACAGGUCAUUAUAUGUAUGAGCUCCAUGCACAUUGGGUGAUGUUAAUGCCGGUGCUGGGACCUAUAUGAACUAACUGCACAUCUGGUGGAGUUCAUACGGGUGACAGACACAUUUGGUGAAACUGACAAGUCUUUAGGUGUAUGAACUCCAUCCACUUGUAUGAGCUCCAUGCACACGAGGUGAUGUUAAGGCCAGUGCUGGGACCUAUAUGAACUAACUGCACAUCUGGUGGAGUUCAUACGGGUGACAGACACAUUUGGUGAAACUGACAAGUCUUUAGGUGUAUGAACUCCAUCCACUUGUAUGAGGUCCAUGCACACGGGGUGAUGUUAAGGCCGGUGCUGGGACCUAUAUGAACUAACUGCACAUCUGGUGGAGUUCAUACGGGUGACAGACACAUUUGGUGAAACUGACAAGUCAUUAGGUGUAUGAACUCCAUCCACUUGUAUGAGGUCCAUGCACAUGGAGGGAAUGUUAAUGCCGGUGCUGUGACCUAUAUGUAUAUCUUGUGGAGUUAAUACAGGUGACAGACACAAUUGGUGAAAUUUACAGGUAUGAGCUUCAGGCACAUGGGGUGAUGUCAAUGCCGGUGCUGGGACCUAUUUGAACUAACUGCACAUCUGGUGGAGUUCAUACAGGUGACAGACACAAUUGGUGAAACUUACAGGUAUGAGCUUCAUGCACAUGGGGUGAUGUCAAUGCCGGUGCUGGGACUUAUAUGAACUAACUGCACAUCUGGUGGAGUUCAUACGAUUGACAGACACAUUUGGUGAAACUGACAAGUCAUUAGGUGUAUGAACUCCAUCCACUUGUAUGAGGUCCAUGCACACGGGGUGAUGUUAAGGCCAAUGCUGUGACCUAAAUGAACUAACUGCACAUUUGGUGGAGUUCAUACAGGUGACAGACACAUUUGGUGAAACUGACAAGUCAUUAAGUGUAUGAACUCCAUCCACUUAUAUGAGCUCCAUGCACAUGGGGUGAUGUCAAUGCCGGUGUUGGGACUUAUAUGAACUAACCGCACAUCUGGUGGAGUUCACACAGGCGCAGUGGCACUCAUUUGAAAUAUUCACAUUUGAACGUAUCCAGAGCCUGAUGCCCUUCCCCAAAUACUCAAGUUUACUGCAUUGCUUUUCAUACAAACAUGGAUAUAGUAAUGUGCAAUUAGCACAGAAGCUUGAUUUUCCAGCAUUAUUAAUGGGUACACAAUGAUGUGAAAAGCACAAGCAGAUGAUGAAGUCAGUGUGUUUCAUUGCCAACUACUCAUUUGCCUUGGGAAAUGUUCUUUUAUUUAAAAAUGGGACGGAGGGGGGGGGGAUAAAUAUUUGCUUCUAAUAUGACAAAAGAGACAAAAAACAUGUAAUAUUUUACUUUGAAUGGUUUCAAACUCCCCGCUGUGUAUUGUGUCUGCUAAAAACGUGGUUGGUUGUGAAAGUUGCUAUUGAACUCCGACGCCCCUGAAAUCUUUAGAAUUUGUAUAUUAGCAAGUUAAUUGAUUUGUUUUUUUUAUUUUUCUAGUAUGUUCUUUUGUCACUGCAUAUGCUUUAGCCAUCUUUUACGUUGAGUUUUGGGCACAAACCUUGUAAAUAACGUGUGGGGGAACUAAAGUUGGUGAAAACACAAUGGCCUUUGAAUGUUUGACUCAUUGAAGAGAAUUUGCGGCUUUUUAUUAUGCACUAAAUAUCUGGCAGGAAGGCAACACUCUGAUAAACACAUCAUGCUGACAAUUUCCGAGCGCCGCUUCAGUGUUGGAGAUAAGAAAAGUUGACAAAGUUGUUGUCAGUUAGCGAGACAUUGGCCUACUUAGCGUGAAAGACGUUGGACAAGCAGCAUAUUAAUGCUGCUGAGAUGGAGACAACUGUUACCAAGGGCAAUGAAACAGUCCGCCCAGCUGUCGCCAAUUUGGUGACCAAUUUCCCACAUUAUGCAAAUACGGUCAGAAACUAAUGUCUUUGUCACGGAGCAGCUACGUCCACACAAUCACACGCAGUUACAAUUCAGCAUUUUAUUUAAGCUUGUUUUCUUUUUAAAAAGUGUUUUUUUUUUGUUUUUUUUGCUACCGUUGUGAAAACAUAAACCUUUGACCCAUCGUGGUUCUCAAACGCUGGUCCCAAUUUUAUGGAGCCAGAACACUGCCAUGUAAAAUUUGGAUUUGGAAAAAAAAAUGGUUUUAUUGGCACCAAAACAAGUUUUGGCAACAAAUGAAUACAAACAUUGAAAAAAUACAAUAUUUUUGGUGGAUCUUUUCCAUGCCAGUAUUCAUAUUUCUGUACACUCUUAUUGUUUUUGUGUGUUUCAAAGUGUUUUCAUGAUUGCUUCUCAUUUUUUACGGCUUUGUUUCUUUUUUUUUUGUUUAGGUUUCAAACUAAAGGCAGUGUUUUAGCAUGAGGGGCUACGGUGUUUUACUUGCAUGCCCAAGUCCAGUAAAACUGCUUCCGGGUAAGCUUGUUAUAAUCAAUCAAUCAAUGUUUAUUUAUAUAGCCCUAAAUCACAAGUGUCUCAAAGGGCUGCACAAGCCACAACGACAUCCUCGGGACAGAGCCCACAUAAGGGCAAGGAAAAACUCACCCCAUAAGCCCCGACCCUCACGCUAAAACACCGCCUUUAGUUUGAAACCGAUUAAAAAAAAAAGAGAGACAAAACCAUAAAAAAAACAUAUAAACUUGAAACACAUAAAAACAAGAAGUGUACAAAAAUAUGGAUAUUGCCAUCGAAAACAUCCACCUAAAUUAUCAUAUUUUGUUAUUUGUUGCCGAAACUAGUUUUGGUGGCAAAACAACUUUUUCUACGUAAAUUUUUUUUUUACCCCUGAUACCAAAUCUUGCUGGCCGUGUUCUGGCUCCAUACAAUAUUACAAAUAAAAACAAAACUGUUCUUAUCGGCCGUGCGAGCGGUGCGCAAAGUAACGUUCUUAACAAGACGUACAAGCGUAAAAAGAAGUUAAACACUUUAAGCCUGAUAAAACGCAUUAUCUUCACUUAUGAAUGACCUCGGCGUGAUGCCACGUCACGUCUAUUUGAGUCCUAUAUCCUGUUAAAAAAUUAUUCAAUAUUCCGGUGACCAAUCCAAAUUAAAAAAUGUUUGUUUACUUUCAAGUGUAAAAAGUUAAAAAAAAAAAUUCACUUCCGAUACAAUACCGAUAAUGGAGCCUUGAGUAUUAAUUCGAUUUUUUAUCAGCACAAAUCAUAUAUACUUUCAUUGUUUUGUAGUGUGGAACGUUAAAAAAGGUUUGACUAAGUAAAAUUACUCAAAACACUUUUUGCCUCAUCUUCAGUGAGUGAAAAAUGUGUUUCCUCAAUAUGCAGACGUGUUAAAUCCGAAAAAGAACGGGAUGAUACAGUCUUAUCUGCUCACAGAUGCUAUCUGGCACACUGCAGCUAGUCCUGGAUAUUUUCACCAACCCCCACUCCUGAAUGCUUCAGUCACACACAGGAUUCUCACAGGAAUGAGGCAUAAACCUGUCCGGACCUUACUUUAGGUAUGAAAAACAACAACCUUAUGCCUAAUUUAUGCUAGUGGCCACAAUAAUUCAUUAGAUUAAGGUCAUUACACAGUAAAUUGAAUGAUGCAGACACGUUUGUUACUGGAUACUUUCUAAUAUGCUCCUUCCUUGGAGACUUGGUAUCUGUAAGUAAUAUAGAUCUAGUUAUAUGAUACUUGUUUAUUUUGCCUCAACAAUACUUAUUACGUAUGUCUAGCUUGUGCGCUUAGCUGUUGUGUAGCUGCUAGCUCCUAGUAGUCUGUAUUCUACCAUGUUCACCUUUUGUGAACGACUUCACUGAAUACAAGGAAAGAUCAAACUUGUGUGAUUAUUGGAGGACAUUUAGAUAUUAACUGUACAACUGGACUGCUGAUGUCGGAUCGAUAUUUAUAUCGGAUCGGGACACCCCUAAAUAAAACAGAUGAAGCACUUUUACAAUUUAAGACAUGUUACAAGUGGAAAAAGAAGUUAACCAGUGGAAAAACAGGAAAGCAAAGCACUCAGUCUUUAAGUCAAAUGUAACAAUGGUGUUUAAAUACUAUUUAGUGAGAAAUGAUGGAGACUUUUCACUUUGUGUAAAAGUAAGUUAACUAGGAUAAAAUGUGUUGAAAUAAAACGUAACUUCAGCUGGUUAAGUCUUGGCUGCGUGGCUCAUUUUUCCAUUUCAGAUGUUUGUUUGUUUUUUAAAUAUAAAAAAUAAGUUUACCCAUGUAAAUAUGAAAUCAAAGUUCCACCUUAACAAGCGACCAAGAUGACACCACACAACGUUCUUGCUGUAUUCCUCCACGCCCCUUGUUGAGGAUGCUGCUGGGUUUUGGAAUAAUUGUCGCACAAAAAGCCAAAGAAAAAGCACAGUUGAAUCCUUUGAUGCCGAGGAAGGGUCACACGCUGGGAUUUUGUUGCCAUUUUACAGGCGGAACUUUUUCCAGGAAUGUGUCUCCGAUUCCAAACCCCCUGCAUAAAUGUUCUAAUAACAUGGGGUCGCCGUGGCAACAACAACCUUUUUUUUUUACAGAACGGUGACAGCGUCGAAAUAUUGCUGGCAAAGAAAAAAGGCACAGUUGUUGGUUCAAAAUCCUGUUCACGACUACUGACCUUCCAUGGGUUUAUUGGCAGUGAUGGUUUUGGAGACGGGACACGCUGAGUAAGCACAUUUUGGUUUUUGGAUGUGCUGCUUUAUUAAAAAGUUGACAAAAGCAAUUCUACACUAGGAUUAUUUUGCGUGCUGUUAAAGUUGUUUUAAUUUGCGUAUCAUCCACAAAUAAUGCUUAAAAGUCACUUCGUUUUGAAGAAUCUCAUCUAAAAUUGAGUUUUGUACGGGGAAAAAAAAAACAGGUCAAGUUUGCAUUGGAUGAUAAGAAUUAUGAGCAACGCGCUCACACUUUCUACGGCUUUGUGUAAAUAAUCCUCUCCGACCUGACAAUGAUGAGCUAAUUUGUUGCUUCUUUUUUUAUAUAUAUAUUUAACACUGCACCAUUCGUCAUUUUAACAGGCUGACGAGCGGCAAACGAUGCAGCUGUGUCACAUCUGGGCUCUCUGCGAAACUAAGCUUUAAACCUGUUGCCACCGUUUGGAUGAGUACUAAUAAAACGCAUAAAAAUGGCCUUUACAGCAGACCCAUGCUGGCAGCAUGACCGUUCUUUUAUUUUGGUGCGUUCCCAGCAGGCACAUUAAGUCAUUGAUUCAACGUUGAUGAUACGUGCAUGU